AUGAAGCUAUCUUCCUCACAACAACACUUUCCUCUGUUUUCUCCUUCCAAUGGCACCUCAAAAUUACACUUUACUACCCUCAUCAAACUCUCAUUUUCACAUUCGCACCUUCAGUUUUCUACUCUACCACCUCCCGACUCUUCUUCCUCCUCCGCCACGUCGUAUCCGGCACCACCGGUACUUCGCCAAGAUGUAAUUCCUGUCGAAUUCGGUGAUACUGAAAGCAGCGAAACGGAGAAACGGACAUUAGAUGAGUUGCUGGUCGUUCGGCGUCCCGUGAUGGAGUCUACCGACGAUGGUGAGUAUGGAGAAGAAGACGGUGUGGAAGUGGAAGAAAGUUCGUUUUCUACUUCGUCGUCAUCCUCGGUGAUUGAUACCGAGUUAUCUAAGUUUGCAAAAAAGAUGCCGAUUUUUGAGCCGAUGAGGGUUGGUUCUUCGAGUUCAGGCGAGCAACCUCUUGGUGUUAAUUUGGAUUUGGCGUUGUAUAGAGCUAAAGUGUUGGCGAGGAACUUUCGAUAUAAGGAAGCAGAGGAGACGCUUCAAAAGUGCAUAUCUUAUUGGCCUGAGGAUGGAAGGUCUUAUGUGGCCCUAGGAAAGAUAUUGGGUAAGCAAUCAAAAGCAAAUGAAGCAAGGGCAGUGUAUGAGAAAGGUUGUCAGGCAACACAAGGUGAAAAUGCCUACAUUUGGCAGUGCUGGGCUGUUCUGGAAAACAGAAUGGGAAAUAUAAGGAGGGCUAGGCAACUAUUUGAUGCUGCAACAGUUGCUGAUAAGAAACACAUUGCAGCCUGGCAUGGAUGGGCAAUUCUGGAGCUCAAAGUUGGAAAUGUAAAAAAAGCUAGGUAUCUUCUUAGUAAAUGACUCAAAAAUUGUGGUGGAAAUGAGUACAUAUACCAAACACUUGCAAUGCUUGAAGCUAAGGCAGACCGAAAUGAACAAGCUCGAUACUUGUUCAGGCAGGCUACUAAAUGUAAUCCCAAAAGCUGCGCAAGUUGGCUUGCAUGGGCUCAGCUUGAGGUACAGCAGGAAAAUUAUCGCACUGCCAGACAGCUUUUUGAGAAAGCUGUCCAAGCUAGUCCAAAGAACAGAUUUGCAUGGCAUGUAUGGGGAGUUUUUGAAGCUAAUGUUGGAAAUCUUGAUCAAGGAAGGAAGCUACUAAAAAUCGGUCAUGCUUUAAAUCCAAGAGAUCCUGUUCUACUUCAAUCACUUGGCUUGUUAGAAUACAAGCAUUAUUCAGCUGCGAAUCUAGCUCGGGCUUUGUUCAGAAGAGCAGCAGAAUUAGACCCCAGGCACCAACCAGUCUGGAUUGCUUGGGGUUGGAUGGAGUGGAAAGAAGGGAACAUAAAAACAGCUAGGGAACUCUACCAAAGAGCAUUAUCGAUCAAUUCAACAAGUGAAAGUGCUGCUCGCUGCCUUCAGGCUUGGGGUGUCCUGGAACAGCGAAUUGGUAACUUAUCAGCUGCUAGAAGGCUAUUCAGAUCAUCACUGAACAUAAACUCUCAAAGCUACGUAACAUGGAUGACAUGGGCAUCUCUCGAGGAGGAUCAAGGAAACUCUAUACGUGCUGAAGAAAUCCGAAACCUCUAUUUUCAACAGAGAACAGAAGUGAUUGAUGAUGCUUCAUGGGUGACGGGGGUGUUAGACAUCAUAAUAGAUCCAGCCAUUGAUAGUAUAAAGAAACUACUGAACAUCAAGCAGAAUUCAUAUAACAAGCCACAAGGUUCUUCAAAAAGUGAAGAUGGAUCAAAUGGCAGCAAUUCAGAUGGUGUUGGUGAAAACAAGAUAGCAAGUAGAAGCGGGUUCAAUUUAGAUGGUUUUAUUAGUGAAAAACUCUCUCUUGAUGCAUCAAAUCUGGAUAUCGAUUUGGGAUCAAACUCUCAGAAUAUGGCGGGAAUGAAAAACUUGUCUCCCAGAAAGGUGUGGCGACCAAGUAGAAAUACCGUCUCAGUAUAGCCAGUCUGUAGGUAGUAGUAAAUACAUUAAGGGGACCCGAAAACAUAGUGGUUAUAAGAUCGAAGCCAAAUCCACUGUUGUACAACACCAUCUCAAAGAACAUAUAAUUACCAUAUGGUAUUUAGAUUUUUAUAAGCAUGAAAUUUGAAUAUU